AUGGCUAACGACGAGUACGAUUUUCUCUUCAAAGUUGUCCUGAUUGGAGACUCUGGUGUUGGAAAGUCCAACCUUUUGAGUCGUUUCACCCGUAACGAGUUCAACCUGGACUCCAAGUCCACCAUCGGUGUCGAGUUCGCUACCCGCUCGAUCCAGGUCGAUUCCAAGACGAUCAAGGCUCAGAUUUGGGAUACUGCUGGUCAGGAACGUUACCGUGCUAUCACCUCCGCUUACUAUCGGGGUGCUGUCGGUGCUCUUCUCGUCUACGAUAUCAGUAAGCACCAGACCUACGACAAUGUCAACCGGUGGUUGAAGGAACUCCGGGAUCAUGCCGACUCCAACAUCGUCAUCAUGCUGGUUGGUAACAAGAGUGAUUUGAGGCACCUGCGGGCUGUGCCCACGGAAGAGGCCAAGCAAUUUGCAAGCGAGAACAACCUCUCCUUCAUCGAGACAUCUGCCCUUGACGCCAGCAACGUCGAGCUUGCUUUCCAGAACAUCCUGACAGAAAUCUACCGCAUCGUCUCCAGCAAGGCUCUGGAUGGCGGUGAUGCUGGCCAGACCGUUCUGGGCGACCGCCGCGAUAUGGUGCGGAUCGACGAGUCGGAGGACCCGAAGACCAAGCAGGGAUGCUGUUAA